AUGGAUCGAAACAAUCAAAACAACAAUUUACCUGAUUUUUUUGGUGGUACCUAUGAAAAUUUUCAAGCUUCACUUUACAAAUCAUUCCUAAAUUUUAACACACAACGAAACAAUGAACUACCCACAGCUGAUCUUUCCUUUUAUCGAGCUAUUGAUCCAAGAAUUUCCAGUAGAUUGAAUAAUCUCGCUGACAAAGUACUGGUCAGAAUCAAUCAGUUGCUUCAAAGUGCAGAUCUUGCAGGAUUUGAUGGUGUUGGCGAAAUUACCGAAAUAGAUGAAUUCGAUAGUUGGAAUAAAGACAUAAUUUCUUUAACAGAUUCUUUGAUAGAUGCAACAAACUCUUGUCUAGAUGAAUAUACAGGACGAACUAAAAAAAUUGCUGCUCCAUCUGUUCAAUCCACGCCAGUAGUUGCAAAAGUUAUGAAUUCAAGAGAUAAACCCGGUUCCAGUAUUGUUUACGUUAAUAAUAUUAGUCGACCACAAUUAAAAUUUAACAAAAAAGUAGAUAAUUCAGCUUCACCUUUUAUCCCCAAGCUUAUGGAAAAACCAAAUGCCACUGUACCACUAGUGACUUAUAAAGAAGAUGACGAUAUAACAAUGAUUACACCAAUACCUUUUAAGCCUGUCGAAACCACAAAUCGUAUUUGGGUCGAAUCUAAAGAAGAUUUAUUAGCGAUGUGCGAGAAAUUGGAAAAUUCAACAGAAAUAGCCGUGGAUCUUGAACAUCAUGAAUAUCGUUCAUAUCAAGGUUUUACUUGUCUAAUGCAAAUUAGUACAAGAGAUGAAGAUUUUAUAGUGGAUACUUUGGCCUUGAGAAGUGAAUUACAAAUUUUAAACAGGAGUUUUACAAAUCCAGAUAUUGUAAAGAUUUUCCAUGGAUCGGAUCUUGAUGUAUUAUGGUUACAAAAAGAUUUUGCAAUAUAUAUAGUGAAUUUAUUUGAUACAUAUCAUGCGUCAGUUUUAUUAGGGUUACCUCAACAUUCAUUGGCAUAUUUACUUAAAUUAUAUUGUAACGUUGAUUCUAAUAAACAAUAUCAAUUAGCAGAUUGGCGUAUAAGGCCUCUUCCGGUUGAGAUGCUUGAAUAUGCUCGUGCAGAUACACAUUAUUUAUUAUUCAUUUAUGAUACAAUGCGAAAUAAUUUAAUUGAUAAAUCAGAUCCUGAAACUUUAAAUUUAUUAAGAGUAGAAUUGGGAAGAUCUUCAGAAACAUCAUUAAAGACCUAUGAAAAAUUUGGAUACGAUGAAAAUGGCGAAGGACCAAAUGGUUAUAAAAGAUUGCUUGCUAAAUGGAAAACUACAUUUGAUACUCAACAGAUGGAAGUAUUCAAAGCAUUGCACGCAUGGAGAGAUCAUAUUGCUAGAGAAGAGGAUGAAAGUGUCCGUUAUGUAAUGCCGGAUGAAUUACUUUUUGCGUUAUCAGAGAGGAUGCCAGAUGAACCAAGAGAUUUGGUUGCAUGCUGUAGAACAGUAGUACCACCAAUUGUUCGAAUGAAUCUUAUUGAUUUAGCAAGAUUAAUAUCCGAUUCUAAAAGAAGUAAAGUUUUAUUAUCAAGCAUAUAUGAUCAACCAGCACAACCUAAUGAAAUAGACGAUCAAACUAAAAAAGAGUCAACGUUGAUGGAUGGAGUUGAAUUCAAUGAAGCAUCAAGUAUUUUAAUAGAAAUGAUAACAGACACAACAAAUAUGGAUGAGGAUUCGUCAAGUAAAGAUAUAAGCAAGCAUAUAUCGGAAAGAUCAAUGUUAUUUGGAAAUUAUCUUGAUGAGGUUGAUAUACAAAAUGAAAAUAUGGAAUUAGUAAAAAAAAUAGAAUCAAGUUUUGAUUUUUCUUUACCAAUUCCAAAAAAAAUAACAUAUCCAAAUCAAUAA